AUGCAGCGUGCGCUGUUGCUGCUAUGGUUCUCCGCCACAAGCGUGGAGACGACCUUGCCAGCGACGGAUGUUGAUGCAGCUCUGCGCGAGGAGUUCGACAAGGAGAGCUGCCCCGGUGCUGCGGGCGAAGCCUCGUGGUUGCAGCGCAGCGCUCGUCGCAAGAGUCUCCAGGAGCUGCACGAGGGCUCGGAGACUCGUCAGAAUGCCUCAGUGGCCCUCAGCGAGGACAAGCAGUACUGCGACUCGCACACGGGUGGAAGCUGUCGCUUCUGGAGCUGCUCAGCAUCUCGCGGCCCCACUAUGUGUACCGCCUACCAAUGUCUCUGCAAGCCCGGAUUCUGCGCUGUUGACGGCGUUUGCAAGGAGCGUACAGCUCACGCUGUGGACACGUGCGGCAGGCAAACAGGAGGAAGCUGUACACUGUGGGGAUGCGCCUCCUAUCGUGGGCCAGUGGACUGCGUGAACCAGGAAUGUGUUUGCAAAGAAGGAUAUUGCAGCGCCGGCGAUGGCACUUGCAAGAAGCCCAAGCCAGCGAUCAAAGCUCGCGUAGCGGCUGUGAACUCCAGACAGCCUUUCUUCCCAGACUCCCAGGCCCAAUUGCGAACUGGAAUUUGCUUCAGUGGCGGGGGCUCCCGCGCGCUCUCUGUGACCCUCGGAGUGCUCCGUGCUUUGGAGAGCUUGCAGCUCAUUCCUCACAUUGACGCUAUCUCAAGUGUUUCCGGUGGAACAUGGGCGUCUUCCAUCUACAUGUUUGCAAAGGAUGUCUCGGUCAAGGAGUUGCUUGGGGAGGACACGGUUCCGAAUGACUUGACCAUGGACCGCCUAGAAAGUGAACCUCCACGACUCGGCGAUGUCGCUACCACCAGCAUCAACAUCUUCUGGACCAUCGUGGGCAAGUGGGCACAUGGGAAGUCGAAUCCACGCGAUAUGUGGAUUGACGUCUAUGCCAAAACCGUCCUCGAGCCUUUCGGCCUGGCAAAUAGGAGCCAGUUCAUGGCCGCAGAUGAGGCGAGUUUGCAGCGAAUCCUCGCUGAAAACCCAAGCCUACAGCGGGAGCAGUUUCUGAUCCCGAACCCGCUGCGUCCAAAGACGUAUAUCAUGGGUGGGACUCUUCUCGCACCGGUUGGCUUGGAAGCCACGGAGAGGAGUGCCGUGAAUCUGCAGAUGUCUCCGGACUACACUGGCUCUCCAUUCUAUCCGGAGGACAAGGUUGUCUCCUACGACGGCAAGGAUACUCGGGAGUUUCUGCUCGGUGGUGGCUUGGUCGAGAGCUUUGCCUUCGGUGGCUCUGCGCCCAUCUCCGAAAAUGGGCAGAUGGGAGGAAGCCAAGUUAGCAUGGAGGCACCGCCGUCGGCAUUCAGCCUGGCUGAUGCAGUCGGGAUCAGCAGCGCAGCCUUUGCAUCAGUGCUGGUGACUGCUUCUGGCUGGAUGCACCUCUUCGCGCAACACGCCCAAGAAUACCUUCCGACCAGAGACUACUGGCCAGUGACAUCCGCCCUCUUCAAAGAGCGGAGGCCGGCCAUGAAGCACGUGUUGGGUGAUGGCGCGGAGACAGACAACACUGGCAUGAUGGCGCUGCUGCAGCGGAGGGCAACCAAAAUUGUUGUCGUUCACAACACCAAUGUGGAGCUCUCGGAGGAAAUAGAUUUCUGUGGAAGUUUAUUUGACAUCACACAGCUCGCUCUUCACGGCAAAGUAUCGAAUGACUUGCUCGACAAGUUCGGGUACAUUGCUGAAAAUCCAGGCGAGUAUUUGGUUCACAACCAGGUUUUCAAUCGCAACGAGCUGCAGCCCCUCCUGUGUGAGUUCCAGAAGAAGCGGAAAUCUGGCGAUGCAUUGGUGGUGGAGCGGCAGCUGCAGGUGCUGGAGAACAAGAAGUGGGGCAUACAAGGGAAUUGGAAAGCGUCCGUGAUUUUUGUUUAUCUGAACAGCUGCAAACGCUUCGACGUGAACCUGCCACCGGAGACUUUGCAGGAGGUGCAGAAGGGCAGUGGGGGCAAGUUUGCACACUGGCCGCACUUCAAGACGUCAAACCAAAAUUCCGGGAAGUUCACGACGUACACGAACGAGCAGGUAAAUCUUUUGUCCGCGUUUGGAGAGUACAUGAUCCGUUCCAACGAAGACAUGUUCAUGCGGUUCUUUCGUUAUUGUUCAGACGAUGAUGGACGGUGUCACAAGAAGUUGCCAGAUGUUUUCGCAGACAUCGUUCCAAUCAACGACGAGAAGAAAGAGUUCCCACCCAGACAGGCGAAUCUGCAGACGGCUGUCUGCCUGAGCGGUGGUGGCACCAGGGCAAUGGUGGCUGCGCUGGGUGCUCUGAGGGGCCUGGAGUACCUGGACUUAUUGGGCCGCACGGACCUUCUGGUCUCGGUGUCUGGUGGCACAUGGACCUCGGGACCCUUCAUGUUCUCGCACAUGAGCAAGGGCCAUCUCCUUGGAUCCCCCACGCGACCCUCGGAGCUCUCCCUCGAGGAGCUGACGACGCGGCCAGGGUUGAUAGGCGACGGGGCGACUCACGACAUCUACCACCUGCUCAAGACUGCGUUUCUCAACAACGACGACCCGCACUCGAUUUGGGUGAAUGCAUUCAACGAGAUCCUCUUGAAGCCCAUUGGCCUGGGCAACAUGAGCAAGUACAUGGCUCCGGAUGACAGCACCGUCCAGCGCAUCAUUCGCAAGAAUCCUCACUUGCAGCGCGAGGACUUCAUUGUCCCACCGUCUGAUCGGCCGCGUGCCUUCGUCAUGCUUGGAGUUCUGCUCGCUCCCUUGGGACACGAAUCCGAUGAUGAUACAGUCGUGUCUUUGCAGAUGUCUCCAGACUUCUCCGGCAGCCCUUUCUAUCCUGGACGGGAAGGCCAGCUGCAGUUUGACGAAGAGGGCGAGCACUGGCUCGCCAGCUCCGAUAUUCCUGCUCUCAAGUUGGUUGUGGGAGGCGGCAUGGUGGAGACCUUCGCGUUCGGUUCCGACACGCCCUUUUCGGACCAAUCUGGAGGGCACGGCGUGAGAAUGCCGUCGCCGUCGGAGCCCCUGAGCUUGGCGAAGGCCGUGGGGGUGAGCAGCGCUGCGUUUUCGGCCUACACCUCGCAAGCCAUGGACAAGUUGGGAGGGCAGAGAAUGCAGGCCUUGAUACCGGUUGCAACGCUUUGGCCGAUAACUUCCAAGAAGUUUCCUGGUCCCAAGGCAGCUGCGAAGUUCAAGAUCGGCGAUGGAGGCCACAUGGACAACUCUGGGCUGAUGCCGGCACUGCAGCGGAAGGUGCCUAGGAUUGUGAUGUUCCUGAACACCGAUGUGAAGAUUGGCAUGAAGUCGGACUUCUGCGCUUACACUCCAGUGGGUGCAGGGGAACUCGGAUCAGCAGCUGCGUGGUACUUCGUGGACAAAUUCGGACUCGGAGCCCAUGUGGACGGGUCGUGUUUCGUUUCAAAGACCUGCAGCCAAUCCUCUGUGACCUUCAGACGCAUAGGUGCUCAAGAACAGCUGGUCUGGGCCUUAGACGCUGCCAUGCGGUGUGCUGAAGAGCCAGCGUCGCAGCAUCGCAUUUGCUGGAAGGUGAAGCUACUAGUCUAUCACUUGGACAAGAGCAAAGUCUUCGAGAGCCAGCUUCCUGCGGAUACGCAGAAGGAGAUCGCUGCAGGGAAAGAGGGUAUGUUCGCCAACUUCCCACAGUUCACAAUGGUCCGGCAGAACCCGCGGUCUUUGAUUUCCUACACCAGCGCCCAGGUGAACCUUCUCUCCUCGCUCGUGGAGUACGGUGUGCGUCAGCAUGCUAGCUACUUCCGGGAAGUGCUCGCGGGCAUCCCCCGAAAUCUCUGGGAACCACAGCCCAGCGCCGGGUUCGAGGCGCUGCACCCACGCGAAGCUGCCCAAGGAGACUCUGAGGAGCUUGCAGACAUCCUCCACAGCAGAUAG